AUGUCCGUUUUAAAUUCUUGCAUAAUUAAACAACCGUUCAAAAUAAUUGAAGUGCCCCUAGCCAAAUUUUCUGAAGAGAUCAUCCCCCAUCAUCAAAAUGUGUAUGAACAGUACAAAGGAACUAUUAAAAAACUUAUGUCAGCAAGUGAUCAUGCCCACUUGAAGAAAGAAAUCAAAGAGAAAAAGAGGAAUGUUAGACAAUUAAGAGAUCUUAUGUACGAAUUAGACACAUUAAGGACACAAGUAGAGGAUGAAGACUUAGAUAAAUUUGAUAUGAAGACAUUAUCAUUAAGGAAAAUUAUUUUAAAUUUAAUUAGCGGAUAUUCAGUUAAUCAAAUCAUAUCUAGUCAAUCAAGUGAAGAAUCGGAAAAAGAAAAUGCAGGACCUUUUGAUGGAGCGUCCCAGAUACAGAUCCAAGAAAAUAUGGAUGAACUUAGGUUGAAACAAAAAACAGAACAGAUGAAUAGAGUGGAAAGUAUCAACAAAGAUGUCGAAGACCUGCAUGAAAUUUACAAAAAUCUCAAUGAAAUGGUAGAUAAUCAAGCUGAUCUUGUUAAUCAGAUCGCUAAUGAUGUGGAUAGUGCACAAGAAAACGUCGAAUCUGGAUCGAAAGAGUUAGCUAAAGCCCACAAAUUAAAAGCAGUGGCGUAUCCAGUUACAGGGGCGUUUCUAGGUGGCAUGAUUGGUGGACCCAUUGGCCUCGUCGCAGGUCUCAAGAUAGGCGGCGUAGCUGCAGUGACAUGCGCAAUAGCUGGCUACACUGGUGGUAGGUGGUUCAAAAAGAAGAAUCUCGAAGAGAUCGCACAAGAAACCGAGCCAGUGACGGAACAAGACACCGAGGGCGAUAAAAAGGACAUUUGA